CUAUACCGAUACCGAACCAACGAACGCGCGACCAGAUAGUAAACAUGAUGUGUACGUGCGGACCAGCCAGUGGUGGUUGAGUAGAUACGAGUAGGUAAAACACACCGGUUGAAUGCAUCGCCAGAACGUUAGUUUGAAUUGAGAUUUCAAGCCAUACGGACGCUAUUCUCGGGACCGGUGAAAACAUUUUCAGUGAGCUGCUAAGUGCGUUGCAAUUUGGAUAGUGUGGAUAGUGAGUCAAACGCAAGGUCGAACGCGCAUCGAGAGGGAAAGUACUUGUACUCCCGUUUAAAAAUAUCCGUUUUUCCGUCUUGCCUGUGGGUGGUGGAAUUAUCGAGGUAAUCUGAGAAGAACGAAAGAACUGCCGCAGCAAAAUGGCACUGAAUUGUGGAUUAUCGACGAUCAAGUACGUGCUGUUCGUGUUCAACCUGUUGUGCUCGCUAUGCGGUAUUGCACUGGUGGUAAUCGGAGGCGUUUCGUUGGCCAAGAUCGCUGACCUACAGGACAUCAGCGAUGAACACAGCAUCGUGGCCCCAUCGAUUCUGUUCAUCGUGCUCGGAUCGAUCGUGUUCGUGAUCGCCUUCUUCGGCUGUUGCGGUGCGAUUCGGGAAUCGUACUGCAUGACCACGACCUAUGGCUUCUUCCUGAUGGUUUUGAUCAUUGCUCAAAUCGUCGUUGCCGCUCUCGUAUUCAUCUACGUUGGAGAUGCCAAGGCGGCCUUCCAGAAGGGCUUCGUCAGACUGUUCGAAGAACGCGAUCGCCCACAGAAUGCUGAACUGAUUGACACCAUUCAGUCGAACCUCCAAUGCUGCGGUAAGAACUCCGUCCUCGACUGGUUGGGCAACACUCCUCAGUCGUGCUGCAAGGCUGGAACGGCUCCGCUGUGCGUUCCCUUCACCACCGGUUGCCAGGCUCGUCUCGGAGAGUUCAUCGACACCGCCGGAGACGUACUCGGAUGGGUUUCGCUGGGUGUGGCCGCCGUCGAACUCAUCGGGCUGAUUGCAGCCUGCUGCCUGGCCAACGGAAUUCGCAAUCAACAGAGAAGAUACGCUUAAGCUUGAUGUUGACGCUUGACACGGGGGCAGAUUUGUUCUAAAAUGCUUAAAUGUCCUUCCUAUAUACCGAAUUGGAAUGUCAGCUUUAAAUUCCAUCCAAUCGAACAACUAUUGCCGCUUUCAUCCAUCAAAAACAAUUAUCAGUAUCGACCAAAAAUCGUUGUCCAGUUGCUCACGUGGAAUCAACGCAAACAAAUGGAACCAACUCCACUGUCCACAUAUCGUAGUGUAGUUCUCAGGAUGUUCCACUUAUUUAUGUUUUCUUCAAAAAUUUCCAUCCACAUGCUACAACCACGGUUGUAAAAAAAACCAUGGUUGGACAGAGCGCACAACAAAACUCGAUAAAAACAAAUAACGAUUUGGGGACGUCCCUCCCCGCAAAGAUAACCUGUACAGUGAAUUUCUUGUUUUCUUGAAGUCCUUAGAUGUUUAGUCUAUUGUUUAAGCAAACAGAAUUGAUUUAACAACUGAACCAAACUGAAAACGUUACAAAAAUCGAAUUAAAUAUAUGAACUUAUGUAUAUGGUAAACAA